UAACAACCCUGUUCUGUACACCACUAAAAACAAUUUGUCGGCUAGUUUUUAACAACGUGAAACCUAGUUUUCUUUUUAAACGAACUGAAAAUAAAGUAAAGUUGAAAAAAUGGACUUUCAGAACCGCGCCGGUGGCAAGACUGGCAGCGGAGGCGUGGCCUCCUGGUCGGAGACGAACCGCGACCGCAAGGAGCGGCUGCGUCAACUGGCCCUGGAGACCAUCGACCUAAACAAGGAUCCGUACUUCAUGAAAAACCAUUUGGGCUCCUACGAGUGCAAAUUGUGUCUGACGCUGCACAACAACGAGGGCAGCUAUUUGGCCCACACGCAAGGAAAAAAGCAUCAGGAGAAUCUGGCUAGAAGAGCGGCAAAGGAGGCCAAAGAAGCACCCUCUUCGCUGCUGGCGCCAGAGAAGCCCCGUGUGGAGCCGAAAAAGUUCGUGAAGAUCGGACGACCCGGCUAUCGGGUGACCAAGCAGCGCGAUCCCAACAAUGGGCAGCAGUCGCUGCUUUUCCAGAUCGACUAUCCUGAGAUCACGGAGUCCAUCGUUCCGCGUCAUCGCUUCAUGUCCGCCUACGAGCAAAAGAUCGAGCCACCAGACCGCAAAUGGCAGUACCUUCUGUUCGCCUCCGAGCCAUAUGAGACCAUCGGCUUCAAAGUGCCCUCCAGAGAAGUCGAGAAGAGCGAGGGCAAGUUCUGGACGCACUGGAAUCGCGACACCAAGCAGUUCUUCCUGCAGUUCGCCUUUAAGUUUGAGCCAAAGAUCAUGCCGCCACCGCCACCGAAUCUUCAUCGGGCGCUGGGCGGCCCGCCCGGUGGAUUUCCCAUGCCGGGUCCACCUCGCCCUGCAAUGCAUCCGAUGUUCAAUGGCGUUCCUCCACCCCCGCCCAUGUAAUUCAACGAGGAGGUUCCCUGGAGAUCUUGUAAUAUUAAUUUGGUUGUCAAAAAGCAGAAUCAUCAUCUAAGUGACUAAAUGACAAAUUAAAAUCCAUUGCACCUUUUGUGUUUCCAGUUUUGAGUUUUGUAUAACCGAGAACUUCAUUGAAUUCAAUUUAAUCACAAAUUUAACCCAGACAACCAUUCAAAUAAAAAACAAUUUUAUUCUUAAUACAA